GUCGGAAGUGGGUGUACUUCAUACGCCACGGUGAGGCCCUGGUCAACGCAGCCGGGCGGGUGUUCGCGAAGGAUGAUCCGCGAAAGAAAGCUGUACGACAGGACAUGAAGUACUUCGACUCCCAUCUGUCAGAAAAGGGCCUUGAACAGGCAAGAGCUCUUCGCCAGAGCAUACCGCAGGUCGACGUGGUUAUCGCAUCUCCGUUGACUCGGGCACUUCAGACUGCGACUGCUGUUUUUGGCUGUGAUGAGCCUGGCGGCCCUCGGCUAUACGCCCUGGAGGCGACCUCCGCUCUUCGCGAGUUCUGCGGGAAGCAAUAUCAGCCAUGCGACUCUCGACGAUCUAUCCAGGAGCUGCAAGCAGAAUUCCCACACGCAGACUUCUCCGAGGUUCCGCCUGGCCCCGACGAAUUGCUGGGUCCGGGGAAG